GCAGCUGAAGAAGUUGGAUGAAGACAGUUUAACCAAACAACCUGAAGAAGUAUUUGAUGUAUUGGAGAAGCUUGGAGAAGGCUCCUAUGGCAGUGUGUUCAAAGCCAUUCAUAAAGAAACGGGUCAAGUUGUUGCAAUUAAACAAGUUCCUGUGGAAUCUGACCUGCAAGAGAUUAUAAAGGAAAUAUCCAUAAUGCAGCAAUGUGACAGUCCUCACGUGGUGAAAUAUUAUGGCAGCUAUUUUAAGAACACAGACCUGUGGAUAGUCAUGGAAUACUGUGGUGCUGGAUCCGUGUCUGAUAUAAUUCGAUUACGAAAUAAAACUCUCACAGAGGAGGAAAUUGCUACAAUAGUGCAAUCAACACUGAAAGGACUAGAGUACCUGCAUUUCAUGAGGAAAAUACACAGGGACAUCAAAGCUGGAAAUAUAUUGCUAAAUACAGAGGGACAUGCUAAACUUGCAGAUUUUGGAGUGGCAGGACAGCUUACAGACACCAUGGCAAAGCGGAACACAGUUAUAGGGACCCCAUUUUGGAUGGCUCCAGAAGUGAUUCAAGAAAUUGGGUAUAACUGUGUUGCAGACAUCUGGUCUCUGGGAAUCACUGCGAUAGAAAUGGCGGAAGGCAAACCACCAUAUGCAGAUAUUCAUCCUAUGCGGGCAAUUUUCAUGAUUCCUACCAAUCCACCUCCAACAUUCCGGAAACCAGAGCUCUGGUCAGACAGUUUCACCGACUUUGUAAAACAGUGUCUAGUCAAGAGCCCAGAGCAGCGUGCCACUGCAACACAGCUUCUGCAGCAUCCAUUUGUUAAAAGUGCCAAAGGAGUGUCAAUUCUGCGAGACUUGAUUAAUGAAGCAAUGGAUAUCAAGCUGAAACGUCAAGAGGCACAACAGCGUGAACUAGAUCAAGAUGAUGAAGAAAAUUCAGAAGAAGAUGAAACCGAUUCAGGUACCAUGGUGAGGGCAAGCGGAGAUGAAACUGGUACCAUACGAGCUGUCAACACCAUGACUGAUGGAGCCAACACAAUGAUAGAACAUGAUGGCACCUUGGAAUCCCAGCUGGGUACAAUGGUCAUAAACACAGAAGAGGAAGAGGAGGAGGGCACCAUGAAAAGGAGGGAUGAAACAAUGCAGCCAGCCAAACCAUCAUUCCUUGAAUAUUUUGAGCAGAAGGAGAAGGAGAAUCAAAUCAAUAGCUUUGGGAAGAAUGUGUCUGGCCAGACAAAAAAUUCAUCUGAUUGGAAAGUACCACAGGAUGGAGACUACGAAUUUCUAAAGUCGUGGAGUGUUGAUGAACUGCAGAGAAGGCUCUCAGCCCUGGACCCCAUGAUGGAGCAGGAGAUUGAAGAAAUCCGUCAGAAGUACCAGUCAAAGCGGCAGCCGAUCCUCGAUGCCAUUGAAGCCAAGAAGCGGCGGCAGCAGAACUUCUGA